UCUUCUCAUCACACUUAUUAUUAGGGUUUCACUUUCACUUUCUCUCUCUAUACUUACAAAUUAGUAUAAGUAUAUUAUAUAUCAUCAUUAUUAUUAUUUUCAGCUCUCAAUUAUCUUCAAAUUGCCGAUUUUCGUCAUCGCAUGGACUCCGAUCGCCAUCUCAGAAACUCGUAUAAUUAUAAUAAUCUCUUCAAUCUCGAGUCACUGACAAAGUUUCAAGUACCUCAAGCUGACGAAUUUGAAUAUUAUGCAAAUAGUAGCCAGGCUGAGAGCAGAGGUAGCCGAGGUGUACCAAUGACUGAGAGAAGCAAUGGAAUGAUGUUUGAAAAGAGAAAGAGGCGAAACCCGUAUAGCAGUGAUGAGGAGCAGGAGGAUGGCAGUUAUGAUACGUACGUCACUGAGGAGAGGUAUAGAGCAAUGCUUGGGGAGCAUGUUCAUAAGUAUAAGAGAAGGCACAAAAGUAGCAACUUUCCAGCUACUGCUUCCACCCGAAACGGCUCUGGCAACCAUAAAAUAGGGAAUGGCCGUCCAGUAGGAACACACAAGAUUGAAAUGAUUCCUCAGAAUCUCGGGCACUACAAAGAGUCCGUGUUUGCUCCAGAGUCUGCCAUGGAUAGGUCAGUGUAUGAACCUGCUUAUCUGGAUAUUGGGGAGGGUGUCACUUACAAGAUUCCCCCCACUUAUGAAAUGUUGGUUACUUCAUUAAACUUGCCUAGAAUGUCGGAGAUCCGAAUGGAGGAGUUCUACCUUACAGGCACACUUGAUUUGGGCUCAUUAGCUUCUAUGAUGUCUGCUGACAAAAGGCUUGGCCCCAGAAAUGUUGUAGGGAUGGGUGAGCUUAAACCACAGUAUGAUUCACUCUGGGCAAGAUUAAGUUCUCGAACAGUAAAUAAUGCCCCCCAGAAGUUUAGUCUAAAAGUUAGUGAUGCUGUAUUAGACUCUUAUUCUGCCCCCGAAGGAGCAGCUGGCGGCUUUAGGCGAUUCAUCAUGUCAGAAAGUGGAGUGCUGCAGGUGCACUAUGUGAAGGUGUUAGAGAAAGGUGACGCCUAUGAGAUUAUUGAACGUAGUCUUCCUAAGAAGCAAAAGGAAAUAAGAGAUCAAUUGAUGAUUGAGAAAGAGGAGAUUGAUAGAGUUGAUAAAUAUUGGGUGAACAUGGUCAGAAAAGACAUUCCAAAGCAUCACAGGUUUUUUAUCAACUUUCACAGAAAGCAAUUAACUGAUGCAAAGAGGUUUUCCGAGACAUGUCAAAGAGAGGUGAAGAUGAAGGUGAGCAGAUCACUUAAGUUGAUGAGGGGUGCUGCAAUUCGCACAAGGAAACUAGCAAGAGAUAUGUUGGUGUUUUGGAAGAGAGUGGAUAAAGAGAUGGCUGAAGUAAGGAAAAGAGAAGAAAAAGAAGCUGCUGAAGCUUUGAAGCGCGAACAGGAGCUUCGUGAAGCCAAGCGGCAACAACAGAGACUAAACUUCCUCUUAUCUCAAACAGAACUAUAUGGUCACUUCAUGCAGAAUAAGUCAACUCCCCAGCCUUCUGAGGCUUUACUCGAAGAUGAUAAGAUGGAUGGUCAAGAAGCAAUUAUGAGCUCUUCAGAAUUGGUUGCGCAGGAAGAAGAUCCCGACGAGGCUGAAAUGAAAAUGGAGGCCCUAAAAGCAGCCCAAGAUGCAGUCUCCAAGCAGAAACAAAUCACAAGUGAAUUUGAUGAUGAAAUUUUGAGGUGGCGUCAAGUUACAGGAGCUGAGGACCCUGAGCAACUAGCUUUAGUUGCUGGAUCUAGCAACAUAGAUUUGCUGCACCCCUCAAGUAUGCCGGUAGCAUCCUCAGUACAGACGCCAGAACUAUUUAAAGGUUCUCUGAAAGACUAUCAGUUAAAAGGUCUCCAGUGGCUGGUAAAUUGUUAUGAACAGGGUCUAAAUGGGAUUCUUGCUGACGAGAUGGGUCUCGGGAAGACUAUCCAAGCAAUGGCCUUCUUGGCUCAUUUGGCUGAAGUGAAAAAUAUAUGGGGGCCAUUUUUGGUUGUUGCGCCUACAUCUGUCUUGAACAACUGGGCUGAUGAGAUUGGGCGCUUCUGUCCCGCCUUAAAAACACUUCCUUAUUGGGGUGGUAUUCAAGAGCGGACAGUACUCAGGAAAAACAUCAAUCCGAAGAGACUAUAUCGUAGGGAUGCUUCAUUUCACAUUCUCAUUACCAGCUACCAACUUCUAGUAUCGGAUGAGAAGUCUUUUAGGCGUGUUAAAUGGCAAUACAUGGUUCUGGAUGAAGCUCAAGCAAUUAAAAGUUCAACUAGUAUAAGAUGGAAGACCUUGCUCAGUUUUAACUGUCGAAACCGUCUGCUUCUAACUGGAACACCUGUUCAGAACAACAUGGCCGAGUUGUGGGCUCUCCUUCAUUUCAUCAUGCCAACUCUAUUUGACAGUCAUGAGCAGUUUAACGAGUGGUUUUCUAAAGGUAUUGAAAACCAUGCAGAACAUGGAGGGACUUUGAAUGAGCACCAACUUAGCAGAUUGCAUGCGAUUUUGAAACCUUUCAUGUUGCGGCGUGUUAAGACGGAUGUGGUUUCCGAGUUAACUAAAAAGACUGAGAUUACAGUACAUUGCAAAUUGAGUUCACGUCAGCAAGCGUUUUACCAAGCUAUAAAAAACAAGAUAUCUCUUGCUGAGUUGUUUGACAGUAACCGUGGACAACUUAAUGAGAAAAAAUUUAUGAACUUGAUGAACAUUGUCAUCCAGUUGAGGAAGGUCUGUAAUCAUCCAGAGUUGUUUGAGAGAAAUGAAGGUAGUUCAUAUUUCUAUUUUGGAGAUAUUGCCAAUCCACUUCUUCCACCUCCAUUCGGAGAACUGGAGGACAUAUACUACUCCGGGAGUAAGAAUCCUAUUACGUACAAGGUACCCAAAUUAAUAUACCAAGAAGUUGUGCGACGUUCUGAUGUUUCUUUAUCUGGGGGGAAACAUGGAAUCAAGAAAGAAUUUUUUGAGAAACAUUUUAACAUAUUCUCCCCUCUAAACAUUUAUGGAUCCAUAUUUAAGCAAGACGAACAUGGAUUUUCCUCUAAAGAUGGAGCAUUUGGAUUUACUCGAUUAGUCGAUCUAUCACCAGCAGAAGCAUCAUUCAUAGCAAACGCUGCUCUAAUGGAGAGGUUAUUGUUUUCUAUUGCGAAAUCUGAUUCACGUGUUUUGGAUGGGGUUGUGGACUUGAUAAUGGAAAGUGGGGAAGAUGGUCUUGAGUGCAAUGAUUUUGGAAAGGAAAAAGUAAGAGCAGUAACAAGAAUGUUACUAAUGCCAUCAAAGUCGGAAACAAAUAUUCUUAAAAAGAGAUAUGCAACAGGACCCAUGGAUGCUCCAUAUGAGGGAUUGGUAAUCUCACACGAGGAUAGGCUUGCCUCUGAUGUCCGGCUUCUUCAUUCUGCCUUCUCUUUCAUUCCACCGAUAAGGGCACCUCCUAUCAAUACAGACUGUGCAGAUAGAGACUUCGCUUAUAGGAAUGUUGAGGAGUUACAUCAUCCUUGGAUCAAGAGGAUAUUGCUUGGGUUUGCACGCACAUCUGACUCUAAUGGACCUAGAAAGCCAGAUGGUUCUCCACACUAUUUGAUACAAGAAAUCGACAAAGAACUACCUGUUCUGCAACCUGCUCUCCAGCUCACACACAAGAUUUUUGGUUCAUGUCCACCUAUGCAGAGUUUUGAUCCUGCAAAGAUGCUCACGGAUUCGGGGAAGCUUCAAACAUUGGAUAUACUCUUGAAGCGCUUACGUGCGGGAAAUCACCGUGUUCUCUUGUUUGCACAAAUGACUAAGAUGCUGAAUAUCAUUGAGGACUACAUGAACUAUAGGAAGUACAGAUAUUUAAGGCUUGAUGGAUCCUCUACCAUAACGGACCGCCGGGACAUGGUCAAAGACUUCCAACUACGGAAUGAUAUCUUUGUAUUCUUGCUGAGCACGAGAGCUGGUGGGGUCGGGAUCAAUUUGACUGCUGCCGACACAGUCAUAUUUUACGAAAGUGAUUGGAAUCCAACGUUGGAUCUACAAGCAAUGGAUAGGGCUCAUCGGUUGGGACAAACUAAAGAUGUUACAGUGUAUAGGUUAAUUUGCAAAGAAACGGUAGAAGAAAAGAUUUUACACAGAGCUAGUCAGAAAAGUACCGUCCAGCAACUUGUCAUGACUGGUGGUCACAUACAGGGUGACAUAUUAGCUCCUGAAGAUGUUAUUUCUUUACUGAUUGAUGAUCCACAAAUGGAACAGAAGCUAAAAGAAAUCCCAGCACAGGUAAAGGAUCGUCAAAAGAGAAAAGGUGGGAUGAAAGCUAUAAGGAUAGAUGAUGAAGGUGACGCACGCUUAGAGGAUCUUACUGCUCUUGAACCUCCAGCAGAUGCAGAAACAGCCUCUCCUGCUGAGAAACCGGCAUCAAGUAAGAAGAGGAAAGCUAAUACCGACAAAGGAACUGCGAAAUCAAGGCCACAAAAAACACCUAAAAACCUUGAUUCUUUGGCCUCCAAUACAGCAGUAUCAGGAUCAGAACUGGAUGAUCAACUACCACUCUCUGACAUGGACCAGAAGCUGCCCCAGAGAACCAAGAGACCAACUAAGAGUGUAAAUGAGAAUCUUGAACCUGCAUUCACAGCAUCAACGAAUCUGCCCGAAAAUUAGAAUCCCAAAUUCUCAUAUAUAUGACAAUCCAUCAAUGUUUUAAGACAAGCCUUGAACUCUACCACAAAAAAUCACAACGCAAGCAGUUGGCUCAGAGACCAAACAUAAUCUUGUUCAUAGUAGGUUUAACUUUGCAGGCGAAGUUGUAUGAUAGUGUUGUACAGGUUAUAUAAAUAUUUAUAUAUCUAUAGCCUUCGCCAUUUGAGCAGGAAAUAACAGUACAGUGUACAUGUAGUUUUAUAAGUAAUUUUAUGACCUGUUGCUAAA